GAGGGCGCGCGAGGCUCCAAACUGUUUAGGUUAAACGGACGUUAAACAGCAGCAGGAAUCAUCAACAACUCCUACAGUCUGUCUGAAUUCUACAUUUAAAGAUGAGUGAGGAGAACAUGGAGGAGGUGCAGAUGUUGGAGGCUCAGAUCGAGCAUCUCCAGGCUGAAGUGGAAGCGUUGCAGCGGCAGCAGCAGAGCAACCAGAAGGACAUCACCUUCCAGUUCAGAGGACAGAUGCAGGACGCCAUAGCGUCUCUGUGUGGACGAGGACCAGGAGGAGAGAAGGAGCGGGUUCUGUCCAGCCUGAAGGAGGAGGUGGAGGAGAUGGAGGAGGAUCUGAGGCGGCAGGCGCAGAUGAACGGCAUCAGUCUGAACGGCUGCAACGCCAGAACUCUGAGGAGCAGUGGCAGUAAAGUGGUGCAGCAGCUCUGUUUAUCCGGUCGCUGCUCUGAACUGGACUUCCAGGUGGAGUUUAAGCUCUCUGAGGUCAAAGAGGGUCAGAAAUCUCAGAGAACCAUCAGUGAUCUGAACGUGGUUCUGGACUCCAAUGACCUGGAAAACUUCAGCAGCUUUGUGUCGAGCGUGGAGGAGAGCUGUGAUCUUCUGCUGUUCUUCAGGACUUUAAGGACUUUCACAGACAGAUGUGACGACAGAAACCGAACCUUCCAGCACUUCCAACUGUUUGUUGCUGACACACAACGCUGGCGUUUAAACGAACAUGGAGUCUGGAUUCGGUUGGGUUUUGCUCGAUGGAACACCUCUGAUGAAGAGUGA